UGCCGGGAGGCUGUGAGAAGCAGCCAGCUAAGGGAAGGCGGCAGCGGUGGCAGCCUGCCGGUGAGCAACAGAGAAGAGGGGGCCUGGGCGAAGCACCUGCAAGCACGGGCGGCGGCCCCACCAUGGCGAUCCGUAAGAAGAGCACCAAGAGCCCCCCGGUCUUGAGCCACGAAUUCAUCCUGCAGAAUCACGCGGACAUCGUCUCCUGUGUGGCGAUGGUCUUCCUGCUGGGGCUCAUGUUCGAGAUAACAGCAAAAGCAUCUAUCAUUUUUGUUACUCUUCAGUACAAUGUUACCCUCCCUGCAACAGAAGAACAAGCUACAGAGUCAGCGUCCCUUUAUUACUAUGGUAUCAAAGAUUUGGCUACAGUUUUCUUCUACAUGCUAGUGGCAGUAAUUAUUCAUGCCAUAAUUCAAGAGUAUGUGUUGGAUAAAAUUAACAGGCGAAUGCACUUCUCCAAAACGAAACACAGCAAGUUUAAUGACUCUGGUCAGCUUAGUGCAUUCUACCUUUUCUCUUGUAUUUGGGGCACAUUCAUUCUAAUCUCUGAAAACUACAUCUCAGACCCAACUAUCUUGUGGAGGGCUUAUCCUCAUAACCUGAUGACAUUUCAAAUGAAGUUUUUCUACAUAUCACAGUUGGCUUACUGGUUUCAUGCUUUUCCAGAACUCUACUUCCAGAAAACCAAAAAAGAAGAUAUUCCUCGUCAGCUUGUCUACAUUGGUCUUUACCUCUUUCACAUUGCAGGAGCUUAUCUUCUGAACUUGAAUCAUCUAGGACUUGUUCUUUUGGUGCUGCAUUAUUUUGUUGAAUUUCUUUUCCACAUUUCCCGCCUGUUUUAUUUUAGUGAUGAAAAGUAUCAGAAAGGAUUUUCUCUCUGGGCAGUGCUGUUUGUUUUGGGAAGACUACUGACUUUAAUCCUUUCAGUACUCACUGUUGGCUUUGGCCUUGCGAGAGCAGAGAAUCAGAAGCUUGAUUUCAGCACUGGAAACUUUAAUGUAUUGGGUGUUAGAAUUGCUGUUCUGGCAUCUAUUUGUAUUACUCAAGCAUUCAUGAUGUGGAAGUUCAUUAAUUUCCAGCUCAGGAGAUGGAGGGAACAUUCUACUCAAGCACCAGCUGUGAAGAAGAAACCAGCAGUGACUAAAGGCAGGUCUUCUAGAAAAGGAACAGAAAAUGGUGUAAAUGGAACAGUAACUUCAAAUGGAGCUGACUCUCCCCGAAAAAGAAAAGACAAAUCCUCAUAAUCAGUUUCAAGCUAAUUGAUUUAUGUCCCCAAAGAAAUCUGCUUUUUGCUAUACCUGUCAGCACUAGAGAAUUUCUUCUGUUCUUGAAAAUACAAUUUGUGCUUUGAUUCUUGCUGUGAUACUGUGUCAUGCGUUUU